GCUGCUACCAUCGCACCACGACGCCAUGAUGAAAGGUUCGCAUUCCACGGCGCCAGACGCCUCUCCGGACCUGGUGGCCGCCCACGUCGACGACCAGCAAAUGCCCUCGUCAGAGGACGAAGAUGACCUGAGCCCCGAGUCCUCUGACCCUGAAGCAGCUGGUGAAAUGGCACAAGCAAACAAUGGUGCAACUGCAGCCGUGAGAACAAGCGCCGGUGCGAGUCUGGAAGGGGACGACAAUGGGCCGUCCAACGAAGCACAGGGUGGUGGACUGCUCCCGCGCGACAAGCAGCGACGGACUGCGUUCUACGACUACGCAUCCGAGAAGCAGAUGAGCCACUCUGAAGCAAAGCAAUUCUACCAGCGCCACCAAUUGGAGAGUCAGUACGGCGGAUCCCAGGCGGGCGAUGGGUAUAGUCCAGUCAUCCGCGCAAAGACGUUCCCUGCCAACUUUGGCGGCGGCGACGGUGUCGACUUCCUCAGCAGGGCUGACAGCAUUCGUUCGCGGAGGAGCAACGCCAGCCUCGCGAACCAGACCUACAGGCUAACGCUCCCCGUCGGAUUGUCACAGGCAGACCAGUCACAAGAGCCGCGCGGGCACAUGACUGGGUUUGCGGCAAACGACCAGGCCGACCAGCAAGCGAGAGAACCCUCAAUGCACCCUGGUCUCCCCCACGAACAGAAGCCUCCACUACUGGCAGGUGAGGGCAUCCACGGUGCGGGUGCAGGAGUUGGAGUGGGUUCCGGAGCAGGAGGUUUCGCCAUGUCUGACUCUAGCGUCACUGCCGAACUUAGUGCCAUCUAUACGAACGUUCAGAAGGUGCUCGACCUUCGUCACAAAUAUAUUCGCUUGUCUUUGCAGGGAACUUUUGAUAAUCCCAAAGAUGAACCUGGUUGGAGAAUCUACCCACCCCACCCAGAACCAGUGUGGGAUGAUUUCAAGGGGCGUCAAAAUGCGUCGAGCAGUAUGCAGAAUAGUGCCGUGCUUGAGCCUUCAGAGCCGUUGAAGCCACCGAGGAAGAUGGGCCAUGACAUUGGAGAAGACUUUACCAUGGACGACCUGCUUCCACUUCCGGGAGCCUCAGAGAUGUCUUUCCGAUUGGACGACAGCGGCGUAUUUCAAGUCUAUGAGACGACGAAGUCAGCCGAGCUAGACACCCCGAUUGUGGCUAUCCCCACAUUGCGCGAAUUCUACAUGGAUCUAGAUGCCAUUCUCGACGUAUCGUCAGACGGACCUAGCAAGAGCUUUGCAUUCCGACGGCUGCAGUAUCUUGAAGGCAAAUUCAAUCUGUACUAUCUUUUGAAUGAAUAUCAAGAAAUAGCAGACAGCAAGAAGGUGCCGCAUAGAGACUUUUACAAUGUCCGAAAAGUCGAUACUCAUGUCCACCACUCGGCUUGUAUGAACCAGAAACAUCUACUCCGGUUUAUUAAAUCGAAGAUGAAGAGGUCGCCCGAUGAGGUCGUGCUGUACAGAGAUGGCAAACACCUUACCCUGAAGGAGGUGUUUGAAUCUAUCAACCUGACUGCUUACGAUCUGAGCAUUGACACACUCGAUAUGCAUGCUCAUACCGACUCUUUCCAUCGCUUUGACAAAUUCAACCUAAAGUACAACCCAAUCGGAGAAUCCCGACUUCGAACAAUAUUCCUUAAAACGGACAACUUCAUUCGCGGUCGCUACCUCGCGGAGAUCACAAAGGAAGUCAUAUCUGACCUCGAGUCUAGCAAGUACCAAUUCGUCGAAUGGCGAAUCUCCAUCUACGGUCGGGAGUUGGAGGAGUGGGAUAAGCUGGCCGCUUGGGUGGUCGAUAACAAACUAUUCUCGCCCAAUGUACGAUGGCUCGUUCAGAUUCCACGAUUAUUUGACGUGUACAAGGCCACCGGCUUGAUGGAAAAUUUCGACCAAGUUCUUGUAAACGUCUUCAGGCCUCUAUUUGAAGUCACUAGGGAUCCGGAAAGUCACCCAAAGCUGCACAUAUUCUUGCAGAGAGUUAUUGGGUUUGAUAGUGUCGAUGAUGAGAGCAAGGUUGAAAGGCGGCUUUACAAGAAAUUCCCGGUCCCGAGGGAAUGGAAUACGGCUCAAAAUCCACCUUACAGCUAUUGGAUGUACUAUCUCUUCGCAAACAUUGCAUCUUUAAACGUCUGGCGGAAGCAAAGAGGCUUCAAUACGUUCUUGCUUCGACCGCAUUGCGGUGAAGCUGGUGACACAGAUCACUUGGCAGCAGCAGUGCUCUGCGCUCAUAGCAUCAGUCACGGUCUUCUUCUUCGGAAGGUUCCGUUACUACAGUACAUCUUCUAUCUUGAGCAGAUUGGUGUGGCAAUGUCUCCGCUUAGCAACAAUGCCCUUUUUCUCGCAUAUGAACGCAACCCCUUCCUAAGCUACUUCCGGCGCGGUCUCAAUGUAUCUUUGUCUACCGAUGAUCCUCUUCAGUUCGCCUUUACCAAGGAGCCCUUAAUCGAAGAAUACUCUGUCGCGGCACAGAUCUACAAGCUUAGUGCGGUGGAUAUGUGCGAGCUAGCUAAGCACUCGGUCGAGCAGAGCGGUUUCGAACACGUUAUCAAACAGCGCUGGCUUGGUUCCAAUUAUCCCCUCCCAGGUGUAGCCGGCAACGAUAUGGCCAAAUCGAACGUCCCCAGCAUCCGCGAAGCAUUCAGACACGAGACCCUGACUCAAGAGUUUGCAAUGAUCGACCGCUACACACGCGCCUCCCAAACCAGCAGUAACACGCUCACAACCUCUAACCUCUCGGGCCCUCACCCCAUCCCAUCCCAAACGCCCAGAUCCUCACAUGCCACAUACCCAGGCUCCCCAGUCGCCUCUCUCCACACCAACCCCUCAACUGUCCACCUCCCCGAACAAGCACAACAGUUUUCUACUCUCCCACCAGGCGCUAUCCCCGGCCCGCACUCCCAACCCUAUACAAUUCAGCAAGCGCGUCUCAACCCCUCGGCGUCAGCGCAAGACCUCACACAGCAACCACAGCCACCCAACUCCCCCACCCGCAACCGCGAUAGUUAUGGACAGAAAGAUGUCGAAUUCUCUCGCCCCCAUCGCACCUCCAGCAUGAUCCUCAACAACCCUGGUUCUUCCGCACCCCCGCCGCCACAACCGCUCGGCGCCGGACUCUCACAGACGUCGUCUCAGCAGCAAUACCAGCAGCAAUCCAACUUCUCACCGUUACAAAACGGCAAGUCCGCAGACGAACCGCAAACGUCUUUGACGCGUACGUCGUCGGCGGCGGGACUUACGCUCGAGGGUAUUGAGCCAAGGAUUUUUCCUGGCGUUGUGAGUAGGAGGAGAAGUAGUUUGAGGAGUAGUGCUGUUGAGGAUGGGGAGAUGGGGACAGGGCAGGAGGGAGGGAGGGAGGGUGAUUGGGGAAUGCAACUUAAGUUUUAG